UCGUUCAAAAUUAAAAUAUGCCUCGCCUCUCGGUGCUCUGCGGCAUGUCGCGUAGAAUCAUCUGCUCCAGUAAUGUUCACGGAAAUCUUUGGCGACUAUUGUCCGACAGUGCUGAUUCGACCAUUAACCCACCCGUAUCGGACCGAACGGAAAAUAAUUUGAAGAAAUUUAAAAAGGAAACGCAGGAGGCGAAGGAAGAAAACGUGCACCAUGUUGAAGAGAUCAAGGAGGAUAGCAAUGACGAUAUAACUGCAUCUUGGGGCUGGAAAAAUGACGAACUUGACGUGGAGCAAUUGGCAGGACUUCCAGGUCCCAGUGAGGUUGAGGAUCCAUACAGCCAGGCGAUCAAUGAAUACGAGGAUGAGAAGUUGCAUUUCGCUGAAGCUGACCAAUCAGGAAUUCAAGAAGAAUUACAAUUCGCAAGAACGCGUUUACUGCGGGAACAGCUUACCCAGAAUCAGGACUCCCAAGAACCUUUUACCACCUUCGAGAAAACUUCUCUCACAUCCGUUCGAGAGAAUGUGGACUUCAUGAUGCAAGAGCUUAGUCAGAUUUCACUUAUUUUGAAUACUUUGGGAGAAGCUAAAAACACAAUGGGAAUGGUUAACUCUGAGCCGGAAAUGGCCUCCUUUACACUCAACCAACCCAAUAUAAGCGAGAGUUUGGAUAAUGAGGAUAUAUCAAAUCAGUCUUUGGACUCAGAGUUAAACAGUGCUAGGACCGAUCAAUCUGGGCUAGGUGAGGUGAUUUCCAAUCAGUCUAUGGAGGUCUUGUCAGAGGUAAACAGUGCGUUAUCUGAAUCAUCUGGAUUGGGUUGUGAAGAGAACAUAGAUCAUCCGUCUUUAGAUUCCGAACUACCCAGUGAUAUCUCCCGUCGACCCAAAUUGGAUCAUGCGACGGAAGCAAAUCAGUCAUUGGGCUCUGAAUUAUUCGAUGAAACGUCUAAUCAAUCUGGUUCAGUAGUAGCUGUUGCAGAUGAUAAGGUGAUUUCCAAUCAGUCUAUGGAGGUCUUGUCAGAGGUAAACAGUGCGUUGUCUGAACCAUCUGGAUUGGGUUGUGAAGACAACUUAGAUCAUAGCGCGAGUGCAAAUCCGUCUUUGGAUUCCGUACUACCCAGUGAUAUCUCCCAUCAACCCAAAUUGGAUAAUGCGACGGAAGCAAAUCUGUCCUUGGAUUCUGAGUUAUUCGAUGAAACGUGUAAUCAAUCCGGUUUAGUAGUUACGAAGUCUUUGAUCUCGAAUGAGGACAUCGGGGAAGAGCUGACAACAGAAUCUCACGAAAUCGAGCAAGUUGUGUCUGCUAGCGAUACUCAAGAGUCCAGUCCUUCAAAGACUAAUCACAAUACCCCCAAGAUUGAUGACACGCCGGAUAUCCAGCCUAAGGAGACCAUACACACCUAUAGACCCUUUAGGACCAUCAAAAUUCCUGUCAAGGAGCCCACUAGUAACCUAUGCACCGAGUCAAUUGAAGAGCAGCCCUUGAUCCAGGAACCCCAAGCCGCCACUGGUGUCCAUUUAGAUAGCGAGGGGUACAAAGUUUCUGCCCAGCUGACGGAGUCCGAGUCCCGCCUACUUAUGCGCAUGGCUCUGAAGCAAGCUUUAGAGGAUCUGGAGUCUGGCCAAAACAAGUACAAAGCAACCAUUCUGGAGGCCGAAACCGAGUGAUAUAAAUAAAUAUUUAAAAAAACGCA